AUGAAUAAAGUAGUUGAAGAAAAACUCUCUGAACCAAUCUUAAACAAGAAAAAGAAAAAGAUAGGUAGCAAGAUCAUGAAAUCUAAAAAACUUUUCGAUAGAUGAAGGUUUUUUAGUUUGCUUUCAGCGAUCAUCGCUUGCGUAGCUCUGUUUCCUGCAUCCUCAGAUUACGAAACAGGCUGGUCAGAAGCCCGCACUCCAACAAACUGUGCGAUAAACGAAGAUCGAUCCAUAGCUCACCGUCAUUUAAUCAUGUGGCUAAGUUUCGUAUCAAUUCUACUGCUCAUCCCCUACAAAUAUUAUUUCCUCAAAUGGAAAAGACACAUACCUAAGACAUUCCACGAGCUUCCUUCAUUCCAAAAACUGACCUUAAUGCAGGUCUUCGCAAUGAGAAAGAAGCCAAAACUAAGAGACUAUUUUAGUGGAGAGGUUAUCCCAGUUACCAUUUUACUCUUAAUUUUACCCUACCCAGGCUUAAACUGGGAAUUUGUAGUACCCCAACAAAUUCUUUAUAAGCGGGUAGAAAUUUGUUACUUUGUGGCUGAGCCCAUGUAUGCUAUAAUGUUCUUAAGGUGGAUUUACUUGAUUGUUUCUCUCUUUAAUUAUGGGAGAUACCAAAAUCAAGUCGCUGUAAGGCAUCGCGAAAAGUGGGGAGUGCCUAUGUCUCCAGCUUUUUCAUUGAAAUGCUACUUGAACCAAUACCCUCUAUUUAUGCUUUUCUUUUUCUUUAUAAUUCCUGGGAUAUUGAUAUUUGGGUCUCUGAUGAGGAUUUUCGAAAGGCCUAUGCAUAUGCCAAGCUUGGAUUAUGACUAUGCAGGAAACGCUUAUUGGAAUUCUAUUAUCACUAUGAUGACUGUUGGCUUUGGAGAUUUUUAUCCUGUCACUACUUUAGGAAGAUUUAUUGUCGCUAUGAGUGCUAUUUAUGGAGGAGUCAUUUUAUCUUUUACCUUUGUGUCGCUAGGCUCAAUUCUCCAGCUGCAGCCAAACGAAAAAAAUGCAUUGAAUAGGAUAUUGCUUAGCUCUGCUGCUACUGGUGCAAUUGUUUCAGCUCUUUCAUAUAAUAAAUCAAAUAUAAAAAAUAUUGAGGAUAGAUACCAUGCUUGGAAUUCAGUCAAAACGAAUUCAAAAAACUUUAUGGAAUUUAAAGAACUGAUUGGGACAGACAAGGUAGAAGGAGAAGAAGCUGUUGAUAGCCUCAAAGAAAGAGUUAUAAACUUACUCCCUAGUGAGCAAGCAAAAAAAUUUAACUCACAUUAAUUUUAUUUGAUUUUAAAUUAUAUAUAAAUUUUAUAGUAAAAUUGUUUUUUGAAUUUUAGAAAUUUUUGUAAAAAUUAAUUUAAUUACUUAAUUUUAUUUUAGAAUGCAAGUUGUUUAAAUUCAAAAGAUGGAGAUUUAUUAUAGUUAUUAUCUAUAUACUGUAUUUUUAUUAUUAAAAUGCAUUUAAGCUCAUUGAGUUUUGUUCCAAAAAAUCGAUAUUUACAACUCAGUCAUACAAAAGGAGUUAGAAAGCAAAAUAGAAGGCUUGAAAGCAACUGCUGAAGGAAUAAUUCAUAAACUUAGUCAUAUUUAA